AUGAAAUACCUUUUCUGGCUUAUCGUUCUUAUUUGUAUUGUCCAUUGCCUCACAGUUCACGCAUUACCUUCAAGUGAAUUGGAACGUCGGAAGAAAACCUGUAAAAGCGAUGCUGAUUGUGGCGGAAAACCAUGCGACACUAAAGAAGGACUAUGCGAAACAGCUUAUAUUGAUUGUUGCUGGAUGCCUCCUAUUUAUUGUUGUGGUGACUGA